AUGGGGCCAGCAAUGGAGACCGCAGACAUUGCCGUUGUGGCUCUUUACUUUCUUGUUGUACUGGGUAUUGGCCUUUUGGCUAUGUGGAAGGCCAACCGCAGCACAGUCAGUGGCUACUUCCUGGCUGGACGCACGAUGAACUGGGUUUUCAUUGGAGCGUCCCUGUUUGUCAGCAACAUUGGCAGCGAGCACUUCAUUGGCCUAGCUGGGUCAGGUGCAGCAAGUGGUUUUGCUGUGGGAGCCUGGGAGUUUAAUGCCCUUCUGCUCCUUCAGCUCCUGGGCUGGAUCUUCAUCCCAGUCUACAUCCAUUCUGGGGUUUACACAAUGCCUGAGUAUCUUUCUAAGCGCUACGGCGGCAAUCGGCUCAAGGUUUACUUUGCUGGUCUCUCUCUUCUGCUCUACAUCUUCACUAAACUCUCAGUGGACUUGUACGCCGGCGCUCUCUUCAUCCAGGAAUCCCUUGGCUGGAACCUCUACUUGUCAAUCAUCCUACUCAUCUCCAUGACGGCGCUGCUGACGGUGACCGGCGGGUUGGUUGCCGUCAUCUACACAGAUGCGCUUCAAGCUGUGCUCAUGGUUGGUGGCGCUAUGAGCCUUACUAUAAUCAGUCUUGUCAAGGUUGGUGGGUUGGAUGGAGUCCGUGAGAAGUACAUGCAAGCUGUUCCCAAUGUCACAAGCAUUCUUGCAAGCUAUAACUAUACCUUUACCUACACCAAUACCUGCCGCAUCCACCCCAAGCCUGAUUCCCUCAAGCUGCUGCGAGGACCACUAGAUGAAGACAUCCCUUGGCCGGGCUUCUUGCUGGGCCAGACCCCUGCCUCUAUUUGGUACUGGUGUGCCGACCAGGUCAUCGUGCAGAGGGUCCUGGCUGCCAAGAACAUUGCCCAUGCCAAAGGUUCGACCCUCAUGGCAGGACUUCUCAAAAUCCUUCCCAUGUUUAUCAUUGUCAUUCCGGGUAUGAUUUCGCGCAUCAUGUUUGCAGAUGAACUUGCUUGUAUUGGGCCAGAGCACUGCAUGGCGGUCUGCGGCAGUCAAGCUGGUUGCUCCAACAUUGCCUACCCGCGCCUAGUGAUGAGUGUUAUGCCCGUUGGGCUGCGUGGGCUAAUGAUGGCAGUGAUGAUUGCUGCACUGAUGAGUGACCUGGACUCCAUCUUCAACAGUGCCAGCACCAUCUUCACCCUCGAUAUUUACCAGAUGGUACGCAAGCAUGCCUCAUCCCGCGAGCUUGUGGUGAUCGGCCGCCUGUUUGUAAUCUUCAUGGUGACCAUUAGCAUCGCCUGGGUGCCAGUCAUCAUUGAGAUGCAGGGUGGCCAAAUGUACCUCUACAUCCAAGAAAUGGCAGGCUACCUAACUCCACCUAUCGCUGCCCUCUUCCUGCUCGGUGUCUUCUGGAAACGCUGCAAUGAGACUGGAGCAUUUUGGGGCGGCAUGACAGGGUUCUUCUUAGGAACCUUGCGUCUGAUCCUUGGCUUUAUCUACCGUGAGCCGAAAUGUGACCAGCCAGACGAACGGCCAUUCUUCAUCACACAUAUCCAUUACAUGUAUAUUGCUGCUGGGCUGUUUUGGAUCUCUGGGCUGGUGGCUGUGGUGGUGAGUCUGUGCACUCCUCCCCCAACCGAGGACAAGGUCCGGCGUACCACUGUGUGGGGCCUUCGCAGUGUGGAGAGGAUGCCUGUGAACGAACGAGAGGAGACUUACAAGUUGACUGAAAAGAGCACUAUUCACUGCAACGGUAAUGGCGCCCUCCUGAAAGACCUGCCCCUUAACGACCAGAAACAGAAGUGCAUUGAUGGGGCCGACAUCAAGCUCCUUAUGCCGUCUGCUGGUGACCAUGACUCCAUGACCCCCAGCACAGAGUCUGCCACUCCGGUUGAGGCCAAUGGCAACGGCCAUGUAGGCCUGGGUGAAAAGAUGGUGAAGAACAAAGUCAAUAGAGAGAAGGGUAAGCUCUUUCAACUACUUGACUUGAUCUGUGGUUACAAGGACCAAGAUGCAUCGGAAACUGCACCUAGAGUUAUCGAGGAGGAUGAACGGGUGAUUGCGGAAAUGCUUUACGAACCCCCUAAAAUCAAGUGUCUGCUCAAUUUCAGCCUCCUGGUGAUCUGCUCAGUGGGAAUCUUCAUGUUUGUGUAUUUCUCUUUGUAA